GGCUGUCUUGUGCUGAUUUCUCUAUUCCAGGUACAACUUGAUCCCUCCUCUGGGUUAUAAAGUUGCAGGCAUCUCAGGAUCCUGUGGCGAAUGGGUCGAUGGCUUCUCUCUAAUCAUUAUGCACUGAUUUCCCCUCGAGGAGAUGACCGCCCCAUAAACACCUCACGUCCGUAUAGAGAAACGAUCCCAGGAUUCGUGCCUUGCGGGCACCCUCCUUCAUCCCAAGGUUUCAACCCUACUCUAAAUCCCAGCUCCACCACGGUACUUUGGGACACUACAUCCGGUUCCAUCGGUCAACUUGAGUCUGUUGGGCUCCCCGCAAACUCUAGAUUGCCCUUUCUUUUUUCCUUUUCUUCUUUCUCCCUCUCUCUCUCUCUCUCUCUCUCUCUUUUUUUUUUUUUUUUUUUUUUUUUUUUUUCUUUGCCACAAUUUAAUCUUGCUCGGAUACACCCACAUUUCAGAGCUAUAAGAGACUAUAGCUGAGCUGCAGGGCCUGCAAUGCGUGACAUACCAUCGCUAUACAUGAUGCGCUCAUUUAUUUUAUCUCAUGUUCAGGAGGGUCAAUGUUUAUAUCCUUUUCAUUCUUGUUCACAUGGGCGGCGCUCUGGGUUUGCUUUGUCUUUUGUGAUGCUUAUGUUUGGGAGUUUGAUUACAUGGCGCAUGCAGCAUUCACAGUAAUGUAUGCCAUGGGACAAG